AUGUAAAGAGAAUAAGCAGUUUAAAUUGCAGGAUAGUUAUAUAAUUAUUAUACAAAAAAAGGAAGUUUAGAUAGUAUAUUAGACCUUUAUAUUUGUUAGUUUAAACAAUGAUGAGUAAUAAUUAUAAGAUGAUGGGUAAAUAAUAUCAGAUCUAAUAAGAAGAUAUUGAAGAAUAUAAAUAAGUUAUUGGAAGUGGUUAAAAGAAGGAUUUUGAAUAAUUAUGCAUCAGAUAUUUCUGUAAUACUAUUCAGAUAGUGAAUUUACAAAAGAAACAAAAAUACUCAAAAAUUGCUAAUGACAGAUUAGAAAUUGCAAGAAAAAUAUUCCGUAAAUUUGAUGCAGAUAAUUCUGGUUCUAUAACUUCUGAUGAAGUUCGAGGAUUAUUAAUUGAAACAUACAAGUAGGUAGGGAUAAAUAAUUAUCAGCCAACAGAUGAGGAUCUAAAAGAAUGGAUGAAUAUGACAGAUACAAAUGGAGAUGGAUUAAUAAGUAUUGAAGAAUUUGAAGAUUUAGUAAUUAGAAGUUUGUAAAGUUCUGGAAUAGAAAUAUAUUAGAAAUGA